UGGUGCUCUCACUUGCUUAGUCAUGGUGACUUACACCCCAUCUUCUUCUCCUCCUCCUCCCGCCCUCCUCCUCCUAGCUUUCCCCACCCGCAGUGGCGACGGUCUGCACUAUGGAGGAACAGAGGAGGUGGGGCGCUCAGCUGGACGGAGGUGGGAAAGGAGGAGGCGGCGGCCGAAGCGGGCAUUGGGGGCAACCAUGGAGGGGUAUCCAGAACUUGCUGCAUGCCAGGCCUCUGUAGCAAGGUCCCCAGCUUAGCCAGCCCUGCUGGUGCCCUUGCUCUUUUCCUGCGUUCCUUCAUGCGAUGACCACGCGGCUGCUUCUGUGAUGUACGCCCCAGAGUGCAAGGCGGAGGUGACUCCCUCGCACAAUGGCAGUCGCACCUUCAGCUACACCCUGGAGGAUCACACCAAGCAAGCUUUCAACAUCAUGAAUCAGUUGCGCCUGAGUCAGCAACUCUGUGACGUCACCUUGCGGGUCAAAUACAAGGACAUUCCCCCGGCCGACUUCCAGGCCCACAAGGUGGUGCUGGCCUCCUCCAGCCCAGUCUUCAAGGCCAUGUUCACAAUGGGCCUCCGGGAACAGGGUAUGGAGAUUGUCCCCAUCGAGGGCAUCCACCCCAAAGUCAUGGAGCGCCUCGUUGAAUUUGCCUACACCGCCUCCAUUUCCGUGGGCGAGCAGUGCGUGCUGCACGUCAUGAACGGGGCUGUCAUGUACCAGAUCGACAGCGUGGUGAAGGCCUGUUGUGACUUUUUGGUGCAGCAGCUGGACCCCAGCAAUGCCAUUGGCAUUGCCAACUUUGCUGAACAGAUUGGCUGUACCGAACUGCACCAGCGGGCACGGGAAUAUAUCUACAUGCAUUUUGGGGAGGUGUCAAAGCAGGAGGAAUUCUUCAACCUUUCGCAUUGCCAACUGGUGACCCUGAUCAGCCGGGAUGAGCUGAAUGUGCGCUGUGAGUCAGAAGUCUUCCAUGCUUGCAUCAACUGGGUUAAAUAUGACUGUGAGAACCGGCGACUCUAUGUCCAGGCCUUGCUGAAAGCCGUGCGCUGCCAUUCCCUCACCCCACACUUCCUCCAAAUGCAGCUGCAGAAGUGCGAAAUCCUCAAGUCGGACUCCCGUUGCAAGGACUACCUGGCCAAGAUCUUCCAGGAUCUCACCCUGCACAAGCCCACUAACGACAUGCCUUGCCGUGCACCCAAGGUGGGCCAGCUGAUCUACACGGCAGGGGGCUACUUCCGCCACUCCCUCAGCUAUCUGGAGGCUUACAAUCCUUCCGACGGCUCCUGGAUCCGGCUGGCCGACCUGCAGGUGCCUCGCAGCGGCUUGGCUGGCUGCGUAGUGAGCGGGCUCUUCUACGCAGUGGGGGGGAGGAACAACUCUCCUGACGGCAACAUGGAUUCAGACGCCAUUGACUGCUAUAACCCCAUGACCAAUCGGUGGUCUUCCUGCGCGCCUAUGAGUGUGGCCCGUAACCGGAUUGGCGUGGGAGUAAUUGAUGGCAUGAUCUAUGCGGUGGGCGGCUCAUUUGGGAGCACUCACCACAACAGUGUGGAGAGGUACGAGCCAGAGCGUGAUGAAUGGCAGUCAGUGGCACCCAUGCUGACGCGGCGGAUUGGCGUCGGAGUGGCUGUGCUGAACCGUCUCCUGUAUGCCGUGGGGGGCUACGAUGGCACUUACCGCCACAGCUCUGCUGAAUGCUACUACCCCGAGCGUGAUGAAUGGGAGAUGAUCACCCCAAUGAAGACCAUUCGGAGUGGAGCAGGAGUUUGUGCUCUGAAUAACUGCAUAUAUGCCAUGGGGGGCUAUGAUGGAACAAACCAGCUGAACAGUGUGGAGCGCUAUGACGUGGAGGUGGGCACCUGGUCUUUUGUUGCAGCCAUGAAGCACCGUCGGAGUGCACUUGGGGUCACCGUAUAUCAAGGCAAGAUCUACGUGCUAGGUGGCUACGAUGGGCAAACAUUUCUGGAUAGCGUUGAAUGUUAUGACUCCACCACAGAUACUUGGACUGAAGUAACUUGUAUGACAUCAGGUCGUAGUGGGGUCGGCGUGGCCAUUACCAUGGAGCCAUGCUGCAAACAAACUGAUCAGCAAAAAUGCCAUUGUUAAUGGUAACAAGGAAUGCUGCACUUCCCUUCAGGUGGAAGGGGGAAAACAAAUGGGAGAGGAUUCAGUAUUAUAGAAUACCUGCUGCCAAGUUGUAUUCUGCCAGAACCAAGGAAAAGUGCCAAAAGGAUGGGAAACACUUCAAAUCCCAGUUGAACUGGCCUUGAGGUAACAGCAGUGAAGAACGGCUCUUAACUCUGUGCUUUACAAGGAUAGCUAUGGUAAAUUUGUGGUUGCCUCUCCACACCGCACCUGCCUCAGGCUGGGAAAGAUGCAUCAGUGAAGAAGGAAACCCCUCUGGGAGAACUGCAGGAGAGUUUGAUGCUCACUGGGCGUGUCUUUUCUGGCCCCUGGCAGCAAAUGGACCUUCAGGAAAUGACCUCCAAAUCAGGAUGGGUGGAAGUAUUUUGUAUAUAGUGCAGCCCUGAGCCCUCCUUAGAAAUGUGUAUUAUUCAUACAGUUUGGCAACCAGUUCAAGGUUAAUUUUUUGUUUGGCAAGUUUGUCAAGGUGCAGAUGGGGAGAAGUUAUGGGGCACUCUUCUAUGACUGAUGAUCUGCAGGUAAGUGAACACUGAUCAGUACAACUUGAAGACCUCAGGUGGACCUUUGCCUAUUCUGUUUUUCUAUUAUCCCAUAAGGAAGGGCUUACCCAGACUGCUACCUGCAUUUUUCCCCUUACCCAUGGGUGGUUCAACCUCUUAGGAAACUGGUUUUGAAGCUCUCACAUGAAUAAAACACCUUUUGUGAUUAGUAUUCAUGUUUA